AUGGCAACCAAGAUGUUUGCAUUGUUUGCCCUCCUAGCUCUUUGUGCAAGCACCAUUACCGCAACCUAUAUCCCAGGGUACUUCCCACCAACGAUGGCAUUGGGUGCCAUGAACCCGUGCAUGCAGUAUUGUGCCAUGCAACAACCAGAGAAUAAUCUAGGAAGCAAGCAAUUCAACAGCAUGGCAACCAAGAUGUUUGCAUUGUUUGCCCUCCUAGCUCUUUGUGCAAGCACCAUUACCGCAACCUAUAUCCCAGGGUACUUCCCACCAACGAUGGCAUUGGGUGCCAUGAACCCAUGCAUGCAGUAUUGUGCCGUGCAACAACCAUUCACCACGGGCAGCUUUACCUCACCUGCCUUGAUGAUGCUACAACAACCAUUUGCAUCACCGUUUCAACAAUAUUUUACACCCAUGACGGUGCAAAGCAUGACAACGCAAGCACAGUGCAACUGUGGUGCUGUCUCGCAGAUUACGCACCAACAACAGCUACCGUUCACCUUCAACCCCAUGGCCGUGGCGAUGUCGCCCUUUUUCUUUCAACAACCUUUUGUUGGUGUUCCGUUCUAG